AUGACCCAGAUUGCAUCAGUCCAAAGCACAUCAGCAUUUUACGUUGUAGUUGCUGCUGGCUCUGACCUUGAACAAUGGGAGAAGGCACUCUCAUCAAGGGAACUUGUUCAGCUGUAUCCGUAUUGGGGCAGAAAAGAAGACCGACAGAACCUACUGCAAUUGCUGAGCAAUGAGUACUUCUCCAGCCGUAAGCUGUCAGCGCACGUCCUUCUCACCAGCUAUGAAGUUUUCAUGGAGGAUAUCGCGAUCGUGACCUCGCUUCAGUGUCAGCUCAGUGUAAUUGAUAUCCCUGGCCAAGGUACCGAUCGGAUUGCAGCUAUUUGGGGACAGUUGCUUUCACUGCGAUGUCGUCAGCGAUUGCUUCUGUGCCACUCGUCAUUCGAGGUCGAUGCGCGAAAGUUGCUCCAUUUUCUCGUUCCUGAGUUGUUUAGCACUCGGCGAAAGCUGCUGGCAUGGAAUAGCGCAGCUCUCCAUUCCGAGCAAAUUCGUGCAGUAUGUGACGUCGUGAAGGCGUUUACGAUCGCCACAAAAGUAAACAACUCCGCUGCAUUCAUUUCGAAGGUGGAAUCGAGUACCAAGGUCAAUAGCAAACGAGAAAUGGUUGCCAUGGAUGCGCUUGACAAGCAAGGUAUCGUAAGGGCAAUAGAGCCUUCUAUAAUGGUCCCGAUGAAGCGGGUAUUGGUGAAAAAAUCCCGAAGACGUACCACCGGACACAUUCCUGCCAAGGUUCCUUCUCUCAAUACACCACCGAACGAACUCGAUUCGCAGCUCUCAAUCAAGGCACCGAAUGCUGUUGUAAAGAAGCGACGUGGAAGUGAUAGCAUGCAUGGUUCCCGUCAACGGGUUGGGCGUUGUGGAAAAUGUGCAGGGUGUUUGACCGAGGACUGUAUGAAAUGUGGCCAUUGUCAAGAUAUGAAAAAGUAUGGUGGGCCAGGUCUUCGCAAACAGUCAUGCAAAAACCGCAAAUGCUUGAAUCCGAGGAUCUGGGGUUUGGCGAGCCGCAAGAGAAAACGCAGCAAGACAAAGCGCACCGACCCGAAGGGCGAUUUGGAAAUGGAUGAGGACGGCUCUGUUGCGUACUCGUCUGUGGAAAGUGACGGGGAGUCUGUUUCGACCGCUACGUAUGAGUUUGGCGAUUCGGAUGACGAGUCAUUUCAAUAUUCUGAUGCCACAACGGAUUCUCCGCGUGACUUGUUACUACCAGCCAGUGAUACGCUUAUGAGUGACCACCUGACUCUCAGCGAUUUAAGUUCACGCUCGGGAUCUGCACGCUCCCGUGUGGUUCGUUGUGGAGAGUGUGAAGGAUGCCACGCACCUGAUUGUAUGAAGUGUCCUCACUGUCUUGACAUGAAGAAGUACGGAGGACCCGGUCUUAGAAAGCAGACAUGCAAAAAUCGCAAAUGCAACGCACCCAAGGUCGUCGUGCUGAAUCAUGCCAAGGGCGGUCAGUUUGUGGACGAGAUGGGAAACGUCGUGUACAGCGGUCUAAACGACAGCAACUUCCCUGGAUUCUACGAGGCCCCCGAUACGCCAGAUUCAUCUGCUGCUGCUGUGUCUCCGAGAAUUGGAUUUAAAUCGGUUUUGCCUCCCGUUAUUCGAGAAUGCGAGCUCUUUGUGAAGCCUCGGCUCGAGUUUCCGUGCAAGGAAUGUGCUGAUGAGUUUAGCUCGCAGCUUUUGCUCGACUUUCACGCGCGUGUAGAGCAUUCACAACCAACCGCCGAGGAUGCUGCGCUACUUUCGUUUGAGCGCAACGCAAGCAAGCUGCUCACGCGUCCGAUUUAUCAAAACGCCAUGCUCAACGCCCGCAUCAAGCAGCAAGAGAACAAUCCGCUGGGAUACGCAAAGCUUGAGGGUCGAGAUUUCCAGUACUUCUUCAUCGAGCCGUUCGUCGUGCUUGGACGCAUGGAGCCUCGUUGGUGCAGUCUGUACAGGGAUCUGGGCUUUCAGAACCUUAAGGGUCUCGCUGCGGGUGACGUCGAUUGCCACGUGGGCAACGACAGCAUGAUCGCGACGACGCACGCGGUGAUCUCGUGGGACGCGCGCCUCAAAAGCUUCGUGAUCGAGUGCCUGAGCCUGCGAGCGCCGAUCUCUGUGAACGGCCGUGAAGUCAGCUUUUCGUCGCCUCCAGCGGCGCUGAGCAGCCGCAACCUGGUGCAGAUCGGGUCAAGCGUCUUCUACUUCCUGCUGCCGAAGGCGUCGAAGGCGAGUACCGCCGUUGAAGGAAAUACUGCCUCACAGGCGUAA